CAGAAAGACACCGACAGCCGCUCCCUUACAAGUGGCUAAAACGCAAGACUCACCGUCUCUUUUGAUAUCCUAUUACAAAUAAUAUGCCUAUCAUGAUCACUCGUUAAACAAACAGAGAUUGUUAUUUUCCGUCUUACACUAGGAUGAGGAGCUGCCAAAGCGGCCCUAGGCGGAACGCCAGGACCCCAGAUCUUGGCUCGCCACUCCGAGACUCCAAUUUUUUCGGGUGGCUCGCAGUGAGAUUCCAACCUCCAUUGACCAAUACGAACCCCUAAAGCUGUGAGACAUGGGACGCAAUCGUAGAGACCUGAGUGUCGGUUGCUGUGCACCUAACCCGAUGCAGAAGGUCAGGUUCAGCCUACAAGCAACCCCAGCAUAUCCCAGCGGAAUACGGAAGGUCAGGGUGUUAAUCAGUGGGAAUGGGCUGGGUGUCGUGAGCUGCGCGAUCGCGUGCUCUCCUCAUAGCUACCUACCUGAAGGAGAGAUAAGCUACUAUUGUAGACAGAUAGCAUACUGUGAGCAAUCUUAGUCCUGGCGGGGACCGAUAUUUGCGAGAUAUGUAUAAGAAGCCCACCCGGCCACUCGGUCGGCAGACCUCGAAGGGCUUCACCGUGUUUUCUGCGUAGGUGUUGGGAACUCUUGCCAACCCCCCGGUCACACCCCUUGACAAGAUGAAGUCUUUCGCGUCGUUCAGCCAGCUUCUGCUGGCUGCUGGCGUUUCUGCCAGUUUCGAGAGAGCUCGCUAUGGUGGCAUGGAAGUUGGACCGAUUGACGAGCAGAUGCUCGCCAAAGUCGCAGCUGUCAGUACUAGCAAUGCGCCUGUUGCUGGCUGGGGUUCUUUCGAUCAGCUGCUCGACCACUCCAACCCUUCGCUCGGCACCUUCAAGCAGAGAUACUGGUGGAACACACAAUACUGGAAAGGACCUUCGUCACCCAUCAUAUUUGUCAACCCUGGCGAGCAGGCCGGUGACAGAUUCAAUGUUUCGUACCCUACAUCAGCUCGUUUAACCGGCAAGUUCGCGGAAGAGAUGGGCGGUGCUGUUGUAAUUAUGGAACACCGUUAUUGGGGUGAUUCCUCACCCUAUGAGGAGUUGACGGAGGAGCACCUCAAGUACCUGACCCUUGAGAACUCGAUCAAGGACAACACCUACUUUGCCAACAACUGGGUGGCGCCUUUCGAUGAUACCAAAAAGAGUAGCGCCAAGGAUGCCCCUUGGAUCUUUACCGGCGGGUCUUACCCCGGAGCUCUUGCUGGUUGGAUCGCCAAUAAAGAUCCAGGCACGUUCUGGGCUUACUACGGCACCAGCGGUGUGGUGCAAACCAUUGGACAUUACUGGCAGUACUUCACGCCCGUUCAGGAGGCGACGCCAAAGAACUGCUCUGCUGAUGUGAACCGCGUCAUUGAAUAUAUUGAUACCGUGCUAUCAUAUGGCAGUCCCAAGGAGAAAACUAAGCUCAAGGCGAAGUUCGGGCUUGUGGGAUUACAGGAUGCCGACUUCGGCUCUGCCCUCGAGAACGGCCCUUGGACAUGGCAAUCAGGACAGUUCUACACCGAGAGUGUCUUGGGCUACACGCCAUUCUACCAAUUCUGCGACUACGUCGAGAACGUAUGGCCGAACUCAACACACAAGGUGCCCGGUGCAAAGGGCGUUGGUCUAGUCAAGGCCCUCAAUGGUUAUGCCAAAUGGUUUACUGAAAUAACCCUUCCUGGCUACUGCGAGGGCUACGGCUAUUUCGAAGGCGAGAACAACGUCGAGUGUCUCCAAGGACUAAAUGCCUCCAACCCCAUCUACAAGGACCUCACUCCCCGCAAUGCGGGCAACCGACAGUGGAACUGGAUGCUUUGCAACGAGGCCUUCGAGUACUGGCAAGACGGUGCCCCCAAAGGCAUGCCUACUCUCGUCUCUCGCCACGUGAACAAGGCUUACUGGCGCGCCCAGUGCCCUCUCUGGUUCCCCGAAGCUACAUUUGGCCUUGCCAAGGGCAAAUCCGCCGAAUCCGUCAACAAGUACACCGGUGGCUGGCUCGCGACCAACACCACCCGCCUGAUGAUGACCAACAGCGAAUGGGACCCAUGGCGCGACUCGACGUACAGCUCCAUCUACCGCCCCGGCGGUCCCCUGCAGAGCACCGAGCAGCUCCCUGUUCGCUACCUCAAGCGAGGCACGCACUGCUCUGACCUGUACGGACAGAACUGGGCCGUCAACGCGGACGCCAAGGCCAUCGCCGACGACGAGACCGCCCAGAUGAAGAAAUGGGUCGCUGAGUUCUACACUCAGAAGUAAAUAGACUGGGAAUCUAGACGUAUCUAAUUCUAGUAACUAAGUAAAUUAUUUAGCGGUACGAUAAGAGAAACCUCUGCCAACUUAAAAUAAAAAAAAGCUAUCUUUGUUUGUCCAUGU